GCUGGGAGACGUCUUGAAAGUUAUAAAUGUGAAAUGCUGUGCCUUUUGAUGGUAGAGUUGACUUAACUUUAGAAACUUACACAUAAUGAAUCUUCGAGGAUUUUAUGCUUUCAUCGUCGUUCUGCUUAUUUGUGGAGUUAGUGCUGCUUCAGUGAGCAGAGUAGUUCAUAUUGACGCAAAUACUGGAGCAGACAAGGGAUUUUGGCGGAAAAAAGUCAUCUGGAAACCACGAAUGGUUAAGGAUUGGGAAGAACGGCGAUAUGUUGUAGGAAUUUGGAAAAAAGUUUGGGGGCCAGUUGAAGUAAAGGAGUGGGUGCCGUUUCCGAAACCUCUUCCCAGUUGGUGAACCGAUGAGUAUUGAUAAAACAAAGAGAAUUGCCAGUUUAUGGAGCUGAGAUAAUGUAAUUGUAAACAUAUUUAUUUUUCAUUUGUUAAGCAAACAUAGUAGUGAAGUAAAAAAGAAUAUGUCUAUAAAAGUGAUUUACAUAUUCCAAAUCAUAAACAUAAUAAAUUUUUUAUUUGGUUGUA